UUUUGUACAGCAGCGCCAAUGGUCGCUCACUUACCAAGUAUUCUUCACUUUAGAGCUAUUGUUGAUCGUGUCGUUUAUUGAAGACCUCGACGAUUUGUUUCAGCUGCGUGGAAUUGUCCAUAUCUCCGACGCACACCGACCGGUUUGUGUUGGCUCGAAAGUCGUUUGCCAUGAAGCUCCAGUGUGAUGUGGAGGUGGUUCAUCGGAUGCUGCCCACCUACGGAAUGAAGAGCCGUGGAAAAGGAACCAGAGCUGUGCUUUCCAUCGGGAAACACUUGGACAAGAAGGGUGAGCGGAGCAACGUUUACAUGAUGAUCUGCACUGCUAAGGACAGAGCUGGAUCCAAGUACAAGCUCAAAGACAACAUUGAAAGGUUCUUUACUUUUUUUGUGGAUGAAGGCAAAGCCACUGUGAGGUUAAAGGAGCCUGCUAUUGACGUGUGCUUGAGCAAGGCAGAUGUGAACAGCUUGAAGAACUUCCUCUCCGCUGCUCGUCUGGCCGACAAAGGAAGUGACACGAGCAGCCUUCCUCUCUCCACCCUCACUCCUGUGCGGGCGAGAGACGUGGAGCAACCCAAGAAGAAGCUGAGCAUCGUGUCCAAGAAGGAUUAUCCCCUCACCUCCAACUUCCCGUACUCCCUGGAGCAGCUCACCGUCUCCUACUGCCGACUGUCCCGAGUGGACAUGCGGAUGUUGUCGCUAAAAGCGCUGCGUAAGUUGGACCUCAGCUACAACCACAUCACGAAGCUUCCUGCCACCAUCGGCGAUCUGAGCUGCCUGUCGGAGCUCGUCCUCCACCACAACCACCUGGAAGCCUUCAGUGAGGCGCUGUGUCUGUCCACCCUGCAACAGACCCUUCAGAGGCUGGACCUCAGCCAGAACCGAUUGCGGUACCUCCCGGCACAGUUCUGCCAGCUCAGAGAACUGGUUGACUUCAAGGUGGACGACAACCAGCUGCUUUGUUUGCCCUUUCACAUCGGGCGACUCUCGAAACUGAGGUUCCUGUCUGCGGCACAUAACCAGCUGUCGGUGCUGCCCGGCGACUUCCGUAAACUCACGCUGGAAAACUUGGACUUGUUCGGGAACCCGUUCGUUCAACCCAAUCCUCUGGAUCACACCAUGCGGCUCACCUUUCCACUCUCACUUCAAGAGUUGGCGUCCAGAGCGGUGGGGAACUUGAGACUAGCCCACGGUCCGGAUGUCAUCCCUGCGCACUUGUGUCGUGACCUUGAAGUGGCAAAGCUCUGCGACUGUAAAAGGUUUUGCAUCAGCUUCUACAUCAAGACGACAAUGAACAUGAACCUGCACGAGGUCUCCAACACUGUGGUGCUGGUGGACGACAUGGGCGGCACCGACGCUCCUGUGCAGAAGUACUUCUGCUCGCUCUCCUGUUACUCCGAAUUUCUGGACCUCAUUAUCCAGAGAGGAGGAAGAUAAAGGCACACACAUGAACUGAACUUCACCAAUUGUGUCAUCACACUUCAUAUGACUGACUUUUUGAUGGUCUAAUUCACUAUUUUACUGUGUUUCUACACAACAGAGGAACCUGCUGGACUCAAUUUGCACUGUUUUUAUCUAAGCAGGAAGUGGUAAACAUGGAAUUUCCUGGUCCAGUAGUGCUGGUUUGUAUAUGAUGCCUCAUUUAUUUACUGUUUACAUUUAUAAAUAUAUCUAUAUUUGGAUAAAAUGUGGACAAGUUUAAUAAAAAUUAAAGUAUGUAUGUUCUCUUUUU